ACCAAUUUGAUUCACCAACGCUGACUAGAACAAGAGUAUUAUGAUUUCACCAUGAGAGGUCAGGUUGACAUGUGGUAUGAUUAUAAAACAAGCGCUGGACAAAGAAUUGGCCUCUGGAAGUAUCAAGAAGAGAAUCGCUUGACGUCAAGAUGACUGACAAACUGCUUAGCGUCAAACUGAUGACCUUAAUCUUUGUAAGUUUGGCAGUGACCUUCCCAGAGCGGACCAAUAGUGCCUUUUCCAGAACUGAGCGAAGUUUUUUAGACUUGUGUACCGUUGUGAAUACCCAUACACGUCGAGCUUGUCUAGAUUAUCUAGGCUACGGCUGCUUCUGUGGCCUUGGGGGUCAAGGCCAGCCACUUGAUGACGUAGAUAAAUGCUGUCAAGCUCACGAUGACUGCUACGGCAGACAUAGACAAUGUGUUGCUUACUUUCAAACGAUCAAUAUGGACUGUAAAGACGGAAAAUGCACGUGUACAGAUCCCAAGACGUCUGGUUGUCCCUACAACGUCUGUCAAUGUGAUGUCCAGUUUGGCGCAUGUUUAAAUACAGCAACCUUCAACAAAGACUAUGCUAAUUACGACAAGGACAAGUGCAUUUCAUGAAAUAAAACACAUUGAUUAAAAAUA